UCUGGCUGUGUUCUGGCUGUGUUCUGGCUGUGUUCUGGCUGUGUUCUGCAGCCCGGCGCACGGAGCGGCGCUCGGCCACAGCCGGGCCCGAGAGCGGAGGGGAUGGCAUCGGACGGGGACAGCUCCAGCCACAAUGGCAUGAACCCUCACCUGCAGAUCAACGGGCCGAUGAACAUCAACCACUACGCCACCAAGAAGAGCGUGGCGGAGAGCAUGCUGGACGUGGCGCUCUUCAUGGCCAACGUCACCCAGCUCAAAGCUGUGCUGGAGCAGGGCACGUCCUUCCAGUACUACUCCACCCUCAUCGUGCUCAUCAGCAUCUCCCUCUUCUUCCAGGUGAUGAUUGGGAUUCUCCUCAUCGUCACGGCUCGUCUGAACCUGAACGACAUCGCCAAGCAACCCCGCCUGAACAUCCUCAACAACGCUGCCACAGCUCUCAUCUUCAUCAUAGUCAUCCUCAACAUCUUCAUCACAGCCUUCGGCGUGCAGAAGACUGGCCUCUACCCUGCCAGGAAUUUUGGACCUUAUUAAUUCAUGGGGCAGUGGAUUCAGGUAAGAAAGGGGUCUGAGCAGUGCAGCUCUCCUCCACUGACCUCAGCAGGAGCCCACGGACCAAUCCAGAGAUCUGGGUUAAAUUCAAACCUCUGUGUGUGUCACAGCACACCAGCCCCUUACUGCAAUGCUUCUGCAGCUCUGGGGGCUGGGAGCGCUGCCUUUCCCAGCUACAGCAAACUUUGCAAGAGAAAACUGCAGGAACAGCAGCAGGUAUACCUUGUAAAAGUGCAGUUCUGUAAAUCUCUCCUUAUUUUAGCUGCCUGCUUCACAUAUUCAAUAUUGGCUCAUUUGCUAGAGAAAACUGAAUUAUUUACUUUGUAGGCUAAAGAAAUAAACCCAGUCUUUUUUUUUUUUUUUGGUCUCAAAUAUAAGUUGAUGCCCUUAAAGCAAUUCUAUCUAAUAGUUUACCUCCCAAAUGUUGGAAUGGAUUUCUCAAACUGAAAAAGAAGUUUUCCCAGGAGGACAGAAUGGUGUGUGCACAUGAAGAUAGCUAAAACCAGUUCAAAUGUUUUCCUAGUCCUUUAAAAUUAAAUGUGACAUAGUCAAGAAAACAAUCAGGUAUUUCCAGCACUGGAAUAAUAUUAACAAGGGCAGAAAAUAGUUAUUGUGGUUUGAUGUCAUCAUCAGGGACCUAUCAGGAAUGAUGUCAGAAUAGGCUGACAAUAUUUAGUAGAAAAUGAGGAAACAUUAUACAUAAGGACACAGCCUAGACUUAUUGCCACAAAGAAAAAUUACAGUUGAAUAGCUUAUUACUUUAUUAAAAAAAAAUCACCAUUAUGAUUUAUUCUUAUUACUAACAUAAAUGUUUUAAAAUGUAUUUGGUUUAUAAUGACAGCUCUGGUAAUUCUCUUGUAUUAGAAUAAUUUGUUUCCUUAAAAAAAAAUCCCUUGAAUUAAUGAACUUCAAGAUUUUUAUGGAAGAGCAAAAAUUUUCUAUCCUAAAUUUUUUAACUCUGCAGUCAUGCUAAAAAAUGGUAUUUUAAUAGCCUCAUGUAAGCCUAUUUAAAUAAUUCCAUUCUCUUUUGAUUAUUAAAUGAUUUU